AUUGAUUUGAGUAGCAGGAAAAACGGCCAUUGAGUUCGUGCAACUGGCGGAGCGUAUUUGGAGGCAGUACAGAAUGACAGCUGAAAAAAAAUGAAGGAGUAACAUUUGUUCAGAUCAUGCACGCCAUUUCUAGCGUUUCCCAAAACUUUGAUAUAAAAACAAUAUUUUGGAUUUAUCCGUCAGGUCUACCACGAGAUCUGACUCAUAUUUGAAGCUUUGACGUAUGAGUUCUUUACGCUGGCGGACUCCUUUUGGAUAUUUACAUUAUACUGAGCUUGAUGUGUAGUUUCUUCGAAACUUGCUUGCAAAAAUAAGCAACGUAAAGGAUAGUUUUGUUAUAUACUUUCUUUUUUAAAGAUAUCCUACAUAAUGUUGGGGAGUACGGCGCUGUACGCUGCUAAGAAACGGAAGAAGCCCGUUCAGAAAAUUCCCAAACCCUCCCCUCCAGAUGGCAUCAAGUCAAACCCAUCCAAGCGGCAUAGGGAUCGGUUGAACGGAGAGCUGGACAAGUUGACCAGCCUGCUGCCUUUCUCAGAGGAUGUCUGUGCGCGGCUGGACAAGUUGUCCGUGCUCCGUCUCAGUGUGGGAUACCUCAAGGUCAAGAGCUUCUUCAAUGCUACCAUGAAGAAAAGCAGUCCAGGAUGGGGCGUAGAGAGAACAGUGGGUUUCGGAGGGAAUGGCCGGACCGCCUUGGCAAAGACCACAACCACCACAACCUCUGUGGACGGGGUCACCUUCUCCGAGGGGGACCUCCUGCUACAGGCACUGAACGGCUUCGUGUUGGUGGUCACGGCGGAGGGAUAUGUCUUCUACUCAUCGCCUACUGUUCAGGAGUACCUCGGCUUCCACCAGUCAGACGUGGUCCACCAGAGUGUGUUUGAGCUGAUCCACACAGACGACCGGGCCUUGUUCCGACGACAGCUCCACUUCGCCCUCAACCCCAACCAGCUUGAUACAGAGCCAGGAACAACUGACGGUCUGCAGCCAACCAACAGCAGUGACAUCACCAGCAACGUAGUGACCUAUGACCCACAGCACAUUCCCCCUGAGAACUCCUCUUUCCUGGAGAGAAGCUUCGUCUGUCGCUUCCGCUGUCUCCUUGACAACUCCUCCGGCUUCCUGGCCUUGAACUUUCAAGGACGUCUAAAGUAUCUCCAUGGCCAGAACAAGGUAUCAGAUGAUGGGACGAUGGACCACCCCCAGCUGGCCCUGUUUGUUGUGGCUAGCCCACUCCAGACCCCCUCCAUCCUGGAGAUCAGGACCAAGACGCUCCUAUUCCAGACCAAACACAAGCUGGACUUCACUCCCAUGGGUGUCGACGCCAGAGGAAAGGUGGUCCUGGGCUACAAUGAGAUCGAAUUGUGCAUGAGAGGCUCUGGCUAUCAGUUCAUUCACGCUGCGGACAUGAUGUACUGUGCCGAUAACCACGUCAGAAUGAUAAAGACAGGUGAGAGUGGACUGACUGUCUUCAGGCUCCUGACCAAGAACAGUGUGUGGGUCUGGGUCCAGGCCAACGCCAGGCUUGUCUACAAGGGAGGGAGACCCGACUUCAUCGUGGCCAGACAGAGACCGUUAUCAAAUGAAGAGGGCGAAGAGCAGCUUCGUCUGAGGAGGCUCCAGCUGCCGUUUAAUUUCGCCACUGGCGAGGCGGUCCUCUAUGAGGUGGGCCCCAGCGUGGACGUGGCUGACGUGCCGAGCCAGAGCAAGGCCCCUAAGAUCAGGAAGAUGGUUGAGGAAAUGUCCCUGGAUCCGAAUUCCCUGCUGGGCUCCAUGCUAAAACAGGACCAGGCUAUGUACAUGCAGCCAAGCCCCAUGGAGCCUCCCAACCCCUUGGAGCUGUGCUCCUGGGAAGACCAGGCCUUCAGAGACAGCCAUGCUCUGGCUAGUGUGCCUGUUGACUCCUGGCAGAACCAGCAUCCUUCCGUGUCCAAGCCUGGGGCCGGCGUCAAGGAGGAGGCCACUGUCCAGGACAUGAUGGAGACCCUGCAGCAGAUCAUCGGAGACAACAGUCUGUGUUCCAGCCUUGAUGUGGACCCGACUGAGCUGAAAGACUGGGAAAACACUUUGCUAAAGAUGAACAGCAGCAACUGUGAGAUGUCUGAGGACCUUGACGACAUCCUCAACCAUGACAUCCUGACCUACGUGGAGGAACAACUCUUAAAGGAGAAUGGAGGACUCAAGAUGGACUCCCUGCUGGGGUGCGCCACCAUCGACAGCCCCCUCAUGGAUGGACCCGAGUCUCUUGCGAACAUGCACCCUAGUAUGUCUGGUGGAAAGGUCUUCAGCUGGGCCGUCGAUGCACAGCAAACCCAGUUUGUCUGUAUGGGAGGGGUGGAAGGGCGGAAUUUGGCCGAGACAGGGGGUAACAUGCUGGGCAUGAUGAAGCUGACACACAUGGGCCCUCAGAUGGGACUGAAUGGCUCUGUUUUCCAGCAACCCUCCACAGACAACUUUGCCCAAACUCUUGUGAAUAACCUGGUCCAGCAAAGCAACGCCAACCCCCAAACAUUCAACCCAGCCCUGGUGAAUUCCUGUGCCCAGGUCCAGCAGAACCAAGUGCAAAGUACACAAAAAGGCCUUCAGACUCUGGCGAGCCCUGGUAAUGGUCUGGCGUCCUGUUUGAUGACCCAACAAAUUCAGUCAGGCCCUCGAGGCUCUGCCACUCACAACCCCAGAUCCACUGCUCUUCCAAACCAGGGCCAGCUGCAGAGGCUGGGCAUGACUGAUCAGCUAAUGAGUUCCCUAAUCCAACCAAAUCUCUUUGCAGUCCCUGAUCAGGGAACCCAGUGGAUGCCCUUGCCCUCCACCAUGGCCAACUCCAACAUAGUCACAGGCGAUCUUUUGGACACCUUUGCUCAGAAUAUUUCAAAUCAUCAACAAGAGAACGUCAUUCUAGGUCCCAACCCGUCGAGCUGCCUACAAGGACACAGUGUAAAUCAGAAUAGUCUACACCAGAGGCAGUCUUGGCAGCAGCAUCAACAGCUGCCCACAGUGAUGCUUCAACAAAACGGACACAGACAUAAUGUCAUGGGCAGCUGUUACAACACCCAGGUGUCUGACUUCCAAAGAGCUCCCCAACUCCCCAUCCCCAGUUCCCCGGCCCAGCACUCUCAGGCACAGAACAGCAGCAGAGCCCAAACACAAACAUCAGGCCUCUACAGGCCUCAAAAGACAUCCGACAUGGGGAUGUCAUACCCUCCGCUGGCCCACGGGGACCAACUCGCCGCCUCGUCUCUCAUCCCCUCCAACAGCUGCAUGUUCAGCAACACCCACCCCCCCUCGGCUCCCAUCAACACGGCCCAUUUCCCUCCCAACCCUGCUCUGGGGUCCAUGGUCCCUUCCUCCGGCCAGAGGGCCAGCGCAGCCUUGCAAGAGCAGAGCCCCUCCCAGGCCUCCUGUUACUUCCAGAGGAGCACCAGCAGGCCCAUAGUGGGGACCUCAGCGAUCCUGCAGGAUGACAACGUCAUCAGCCCUCUGUCCUGCCAGAUGGGUCCUGUUUUAAACCCGGGGGGGCUCUCGUCCGACAGUCAGCUGGUCCAGCAGCAGUACCUCAACUGCAACGUGCAGCAGACACAGAUCCCUAACCAUCCAUUGGAGGAGGAUGAAUCGUUCCAGUUCCCACCCCUUCCCAAUGGAACCGCGUACUUCUCAGAGAACAAUCAAACCAACUGCUGUGACUUCUAGAAGGUUCAAAGAACUAGGAGGAACCCUCCUUUUCCCCAGUUCCAUCGCGGCUGGGCGGGACAUUUUCUGGAGACACUGACGAGUAGCCCCUCGUCGCUAAACAAUCAUACGGACACAGACAGAUUGACCUUUUCUCUUCUCUGCAGCUCAAAUCCUACGGUAGGUUUCGAUGUGAUACCUCCGGGGGGAAAACUCAGGCGUUAGGACCAGAGGGCUGCGUGGCUUCUUCUUCUGCAACCAGACUGACUUUCUCUCUAGCUGCUCCUUGAUGUGCUUUCCCCUCAGGUGUUUCCAAAAAGGGCACCGUGUCCCUUAUUUAGUGCACUACUUUUGAGGGGGGACAAAGUGGGCUACUUUGGACCCGUGUGCUGGAAAGACAGGACAUUUCAACAGAACAUAUUUAUUUGUUGAUUUCAAUCAUGUCCGCCCCCAACCCAACCUAACCCAACCCAAUCCACACCCCAGUGUAGCUUGCCUCGUUGUGCCUUCUGAUGUUUAAGAAUUGCCUGGAAAGUUUUCUGAAACGACAGACAAAAGAAGAUGAAGUAAGCAGUAGGAGAAAGAAGAAAGUAAGAUACGAUGAAUGAGAUUCCUGGGAUUACGUUUUAGGUUUUACUUUGAUUUUUAUCCCUAAAUGUAAAGAUAUAGGAAUAUAUAGGAUCAAGGCAAAUUUUAAAUGGACCAGUGUGAUAAUUUAUGCCAGAAUAACCUAGAAAAUGUAUGACCUUUUUGGAAAAUGCAAAAUAUUAUAGUAUGUAUUAUGCAUUUUUACCUGGUAACCAAGCUAAUUAGAACCGUAAAAAAAAUGUAAAUUUGCAUCAAAUCUGUGUUACAUUAAAGCUGCCAAUAUACCAUGA